AUGACUCUGCAGGCAAUCAGAUACAGUGCUGGCAAUCUAUCUAUCAUUGAUCAGCUACAGCUCCCUUAUGUGGAAAAUUAUAUUCCUAUCCGUACCAGUGACGAAGCCUGGCAUGCAAUCAAAGAAAUGAGGGUGCGAGGAGCUCCUGCUAUUGCCAUUGUAGCAGCCCUAGCCCUCGCCUCCGAGCUCCAGACACUUGUGGCAUACGACCAAAUUUCCUCCAGCGCAGAAGAGGUUCAGGCAUUCAUUAUAGAAAAGCUCCAGUACCUCGUGAGCAGCAGACCUACAGCGGUCAAUCUUGGAGAUGCAUCCCGGAAACUUAGUGCUGUGGUGGUGGAUCACGCCGGGAGACCAGAAUCAAACGGUCACAGCGUCGCGACGGCUUUGAUUCAAGCAGCCGAAGAAAUGCUGGCAAAAGAUAUCAAUGAUAAUAUACAAAUUGGAGCAUAUGGUGCACAAUGGAUUUUGGCGAAUGGCUUAGAUGCGAAGAAAUCAAAAGCCACUGUCCUCACCCAUUGCAAUACAGGAUCUCUUGCAACAUCAGGAUACGGAACAGCAUUGGGUGUUAUUCGUGCACUGGCAUCAACAAGCAAAUUACGACAUGCAUAUUGCACUGAAACACGUCCCUACAAUCAGGGAUCCCGUUUGACAGCAUUUGAAUUGGUCCAUGACAAUAUUCCCGCUACCCUGAUUACAGAUUCGAUGGCUGCCGCUCUGCUUGCUAAAUCGGAGGCUAGUGUAGAUGCGAUCGUAGUUGGUGCGGAUAGGGUGGCAGCAAACGGUGAUACUGCAAACAAAAUAGGCACAUACGCUCUAGCUGUCCUUGCAAAGUAUCACGGAGUGAAGUUCCUUGUCGCUGCGCCACUCACUACAAUUGAUUUGAGCACAAAGACCGGCAACGACAUCAUCAUUGAGGAACGUCCAGCGUCUGAGGUAACAAAGAUUAAAGGACCUCGCGACAAGAGCUCUACCAAUGAGGUGGAGUUUGAGACAGUGUGCAUAGCUGCCAGUGGUAUCAACGUUUGGAACCCAGCAUUUGAUAUUACACCAUCAGCACUCAUUGAUGGUAUCAUCACGGAGAAGGGUGUGGUGGAAAAGGAUGCCAAAGGACGGUUUCAGUUGGAGGAUUUGUUCUGCGAUCCUUCGAUUACAGCAGCCUCUGUUCCCGAGUCUGCUUGA